AUGGCCGAGACACCUGAAGUUCCCCCGACCGCCGAACAACGGUUGGGUUGCCUUUUCUACGGCCUUCAGCAAGAGAUGCGCGACAAGAUCUUCCAGAAUUGCAAGGACUUCUGGUGCGACCCGGCACCCAUCUUUGGGCGUCGGGGGACUGGGCCAGGUCUGCACCCUCUAAGGCAUUCUCUCGCCCUACUUCGCGUGCGUCGUCGAAUGCGGAAUGAUAUAGUCUCGUCGUGGAUCCGUCAGGUAGUCUUCAACUACGAGUCGGUUCCCACUAUGAUGCGGAAACUGGCUUUCGUGCCCGAUGAAACAGGCGCUAUGAUUCGUCAUCUGCGUGUUCGUGGUAACGCGAUAGGUUGGCGGAUUGACCGAGAGGAAUGGCAGGAGUCCUAUCUUGACGAGGCCCUCGACACGCUCUCAGGCCUACGACUUGAUAGCCUCACAGUCCUGGCCUCUUACAGCAUGAUUGAUUCAUAUCGCAACCUUGACCGCUUGAUCAAUAAGGGGAUGGGGUGGAAGGCACUCCGGUUUAUCGCUUGCAAUACGUGCAUGCUGGAUCCCGUUCUCGAGAGGCACGAUUUCGCCUUGCUCUUCAGCCGACGUCAGCCGCAGCCGUCAUCUUGGAGGAAUGUAUUGCUCAAGCGGGACGGGGCUGAGUCUCUGGCCAGUCUUGCGUUGUAUCGAUCAGCCACGCGGGCCAUGGCAUAUUCCUCCGAGUACAGGCUGCUCGAGAAGUUUGAGCCCGACAUCGAAUACCAUAACUUUGGCAACGAUGGACAAAUGUCGUCGUUGAAUUUCAACAAGCCUUAUAGUGAACUCAUAUGCAUCGUUCGGCGCGGAGCGAAAGUUGAAUAUGAAGUCCUGUCGCCAGAGACCGAGGAUGAGAUACAGCGUUCUCAGUUGCGCUUGAGGGCAUUUGCUGGAGCAGACAUUUUGUUUCUCCGGGAGGCAACCUAUGAUAGCUAUAGCCGCCCGAUAUACUUCAUCUGGUCGAAAUGGUCGGAGAUUUCCGUUGGUCUAACAACUCCCGGUCUGGCCCCAGAUUCUGGGUGGAACGAGUAUUACGUCCCACGUAGAGACAAGAUUGCGCGACAUAUUUUUGUCUAUCGGAACGGUUUAAUGCCCAAUGAACUGUACACACUCCGAAUGGCUCAAGUUGCUCAAGUUGCUCAAUAG